AUGUGUAUGGCUAAUGGUGCGUAUUUGGCAGAAAUAGCUUCGCCGGAAGAAAACAACUUUGUAGCACAUCUUGUGAAACAAAAUCAUCCAACUGAAACGGAGCUGUGGAUAGGCGGGACGGACACUCUGAGUGAGGGACACUGGAUGUGGACGCACAGCGAGACGUUGAUAGACUAUCAGAACUGGGUCGUGGACGAGCCAAACAACAAAUGGGGUCAGAACUGUCUGGCCAUCCAGACAGACGGAUUGUGGGAUGACUAUUGGUGUAAUAAGGUCGCACAUGGAGUGUGUGAGAAAAGGAAAAGUGAACACACGGACCCUGGCAUUGGGAAAUAAACUUGGCUUUCUUGUCUUCACUCCCAGGGUACGUCAGUAGACAAAUUAAAGACGGUUUCUUU